UUCGACGUUCAUCCGCCGUUUUUCUUCUUGCUUGUCUAUUCUCAAUUCUUUUUUGGGUUUCGACAUAAAAAAAACAAAAAAAUAUAAUAUCUUUUAUAUAAACAUAAAUUUUAAAAAAAAUUUAAAAAAUAGAAAAAAUACAUAUAAUGUCUUCUACCUCACCUGUCGUCACUCCUGCUGAAGCUGCCCCCGUCCAACAGCUCUCAGCUGAACAACAACAACAAAUUGCUCAGGCUCAAGCCUCUGCUCCCCUUGGUAGUACUGCUGCUCCAUCUCCUUCAGCUUCUCUUUAUGUUGGUGAGCUUGAUCCCUCUGUCACUGAGGCCAUGCUCUUUGAAAUGUUCAACAUGAUCGGUCCUGUUGCCUCCAUCCGUGUUUGCCGUGAUGCUGUCACCCGUCGCAGUUUGGGUUAUGCUUAUGUCAACUUCCACAACAUUGUCGAUGGUGAACGUGCUUUGGAAAGCCUCAACUACACUUUGAUCAAGGGUAAGCCUUGCCGUAUUAUGUGGUCUCAACGUGAUCCUUCUCUCCGUAAGACCGGUUCCGGUAAUGUUUUCAUCAAGAACCUUGAUCCUUCCAUCGAUAACAAGGCUCUUCAUGAUACUUUCUCUGCUUUCGGUAACAUCUUGUCCUGUAAGAUUGCUUUGGACGACAACGGCAAUUCUAAGGGUUACGGUUUCGUUCACUACGAAACUGAAGAAGCUGCCGAAAACGCUAUCAAGCAUGUCAAUGGUAUGCUCUUGAAUGACAAGAAAGUUUAUGUUGGUCACCACAUUCCCAAGAAGGAACGUCAAGCCAAGAUUGAACAAUACAGAGCCAAGUUCACCAAUGUUUAUGUUAAGAAUUUGGAUGAAUCUGUUGAUGAUGAAAAGUUGAAGGAAAUGUUCAGUAAAUACGGCCCCAUUACCUCUGCCGUCAUUCAAAAGGACGAAGAAGGCAAGUCCAAGGGCUUUGGUUUUGUCAAUUUCGAAAACCACGAAGAAGCUCAAAAGGCUGUCGAUGAGUUGAAUGAAACUGAACAAAACGGUAAGACUCUCUAUGUUGCUCGUGCUCAAAAGAAGUCCGAACGUGAAGAAGAACUUCGUAAGCAAUACGAACAAGCUAAGCUUGAAAAGCUUGCCAAGUAUCAAGGUGUCAACUUGUACAUCAAGAACUUGGAUGAUGAUAUUGAUGAUGAAAAGCUUCGUCAAGAAUUCUCCGUUUACGGUGUCAUCACUUCUGCCAAGGUGAUGUGUGACGAUAAGGGUCAUUCCAAGGGCUUCGGUUUCGUCUGCUUCUCUUCUCCUGAUGAAGCUACCAAGGCUGUGACUGAAAUGAACGGUCGUAUGAUCGGUUCUAAGCCUAUCUACGUCGCUCUUGCCCAACGUAAGGAAGUGAGACGCUCUCAAUUGGAAGCUCAAAUGGCUCAACUCAACCAAAUGCGUAUGCAACAAGGUAUGCCCAUGUCGGGUGCUCCUGGCUACAUGCCCAGUGCUCCUAUGUUCUACGCUCCUCCUGGUGGUUUCAUGCCCCAAGGUCAACGUCCUGUUUUCCCUCCCAACGGCAUGAUGCCUCGUCCUCGUUGGGCUCCUCAACAAGGUCAGCCCAUGCCUGGAUUCCCUCCUCAAGGUUUCCCUCCUAACGGCAACAUGCGUCCUCCUCGUCAACCUCGUGCUCCUCGCGGCGGUGCUGCUGGCCAGCGCAAGUACGCUAACCAAGCUCGUCAACAACAACCUCAAGCCGCUCAAGGCCAAGGUCAAGAAGCUGCUGCCGCUGCUCCUGCUGUCGAGGGUAACGCUCCCUUGACUGCUGCUGCUUUAGCCGCUGCUCCUCCUGAGGCCCAAAAGCAAAUGCUCGGUGAACGUCUCUACCCCUUGAUCACCGCUCAACAACCCGAAUAUGCUGGUAAGAUCACCGGUAUGCUCUUGGAAAUGGACAACAGCGAAUUGUUGAACCUUCUUGAAGAUAACAAGGCUUUAGACAGCAAGAUCAAUGAAGCUAUGGAAGUUCUUAAGGCUCAUUUGUCGGAAGCUAAGGAAGAAGGAGCUGAAGAAGAAGCUACUGCUUAAAUUGAUCCAUAAUAUCUGUUUCAUCUUUUUCCGCUUUUUUCUUUCUUAACUUUCAGAAAAAAAGAAAAGAACACCUUUUUUUUUUUUUGUCAUAAUUAGCAAACUUUUUCACUUAAUAAAAUAUUUCGUCGAAACCUUGAAAAAGUAAAAAAAAAAAAAAAAAAAAAAA